AUGGUCAAAGUCGCCGUUCUCGGAGCCGCGGGCGGAAUCGGCCAGCCCCUCUCACUGCUGUUGAAAAUGAACCCAUAUGUGUCGCAGCUCGCGCUGUACGACAUCCGCCUUGCGCCCGGUGUCGCCACGGACCUUAGUCACGUGAACACCAAUGCCCGUUGCCGCGGCUACUCCAAGGACGAGCUUAACGCCGCGGUCAGCGGCGCUAAGCUCGUCGUCAUACCGGCGGGUGUGCCCCGGAAGCCCGGAAUGACGCGGGAUGAGCUGUUCCGCGUCAACGCGGGCAUUGUGGCCCAGCUCGUCACCGCGGUAGCCCAGAAUGCGCCACAGGCGCGCAUUCUGAUCAUAUCGAACCCAGUCAACUCCACAGUGCCCGUAGCGGUCGAGACCUUACGUGCGCUGGGCGCCCUUUCGCCCGGCAAGGUUAUGGGUGUUACGACGCUUGACGUCGUACGCGCACAGACGUUUCUGAGCGAGUCUCUUGGCGCUGCUAACUACGCCCGCGACGGAAUGCGUCGCCAUGUCACCGUCGUCGGCGGCCAUUCGGGAAAGACCAUUGUGCCCCUUGUUCUGAACAAUACGUACCGUGCGCGGCUAAUCGCCGCGGAUGCCAAGGCGGCUAAGCGCGGCGGUAAGGCGGCAAACGGCUACGCUGCGUUUGUGCACCGCGUCCAAUUUGGCGGAGACGAGGUCGUAGAGGCCAAACAGGGCGCAGGGUCUGCUACCUUGUCUAUGGCACUUGCUGGGUACCGUUUUGCCGAGCAAGUGCUCAAGAGCAUCCACUCAGAAGCGACUGAGGGUCCUGUGCCUUGUUUCGUGCACUUACCAAGCAUUGCGGGCGGAUCGGAACUACAGGAACGACUCGCGGCGCUAAGCGGCCGCGAGUCGCGCUCCAUUGAGUACUUUGCCGCGCCCGUGCGCCUGGAGCAUGGCGAGGCAAAGCACGUAGAGUGCGCGUGGCUGGACGCUGUGCAUAAAGAAGAGCAGGCACUGCUCGUAACCGCGAUUGCGGAUCUGGAAGCCAACGUAGUCAAGGGCAAGCGGUUUGUACAGAGCAAGAUGUAG